UCUUGAACAAUUUGUCUCUUUUACAGUUCAAUAGCUUCAGCUUAAUAUUAAAAAAAAAUCUGCAGCCAUCAAAAUCAUUUUUCAAAAAUGGAUUAAACAGUAAGAAGCUUUUCAUCUUCUUCAGCUGUACACUAUGAGUGGGAACACCUCGGAAUUCCACCUCCUUGCAUUUUUAAUAUUUAAGGAAUUUCAAACGGGGCUUUCCAUUGGGGUUUUACUAAUGUAUCUACUGUCUGUUAUAGGAAAUAUGACAAUAAUUAUCAUUGUUUGCAACCAAUCACAACUUCAUAUUCCAAUGUAUUUCUUCUUGUGCAACCUGGCAUUUCAGGACAUUGUCUAUAUUUCUGCAAUCCUGCCAAAGCUGCUGGUCAUUACAGUAACUGGUAAUGGCACUAUUUGCUUUCCAUGCUGUAUUACACAAAUGUUUCUUUUUGCAUUCUGUGUUGGCACAGAAUUUUUCUUGCUGACUUCGAUGGCUUAUGAUCGUUAUGUAGCCAUUUGUGUCCCUUUGCAUUAUACUGUUAUCAUGAACGAGAGAUUAUGUGCUAUUUUGGCUUUUUCAUCCUGGUUCUUUGCUGCCUUAAACUCACUUAUGCACUCUGUAUUAAUAUCUAAGCUGUCAUUCUGCAAUGUCCAAGAAAUCAAUCAUUUCUUUUGUGAUGUGAAAACUGUGCUUCGUCUCUCAUGUACUGAUACCAUAAACAUUCAAAUAUUAAUAUCUGUGGAAGGUAUCGUUUUGGGGUUUAUUCCUUUUCUACUUAUCCUGAUAUCCUACAUAUAUAUUUUGUCUACUAUUCUAAAGAUUAGCAACUCAUCUGGAAGACUGAAGGCAUUUUCCAGCUGCUCUUCCCACCUUAUAGUGGUUGUGUUGUUCUGUGGGACUUUUCUAAGCUUGAACUUAAAGCCAGAAGCUCAUCUUUCUAAAGAACAAGACAAGUUACUAUCUCUUAUUUACAUUGCUGUUGUUCCUGCAUUAAACCCAUUAGUGUACAGUCUGAGAAAUAGAGAGGUUUUAAGGGCCUUGAAAAAACAGAUUUUAAAAAGGAAAUAAUUAAAAAUAUGUAAAAGAGUAAAAGAAUAGCCAACACAUAAGAUUCUAAAAACCACCUGUAGCCUUGCCAAUAUGUUAUUUUUGUGUUUGUAAGUUACCUACCCUUUUAUCACCCCUAAAUCUUGUAUCACAUUUUUUAUGAUAUCUAUCUCCAUCUGUACACAAGUAGCUAUAUAUAAAUAAAAUAAAGAUAUACAUACAUAUAUUGAAUUUAAUUCUUAUAGAUAGAUGUAAAGAUUGAUAUGAGUUAAAAUGUCAUAAUUCUAGCUAUACAGUACCUCCGGGCAAUAUGUGUACCCUAUAAUUUCAUCCUAAUUGCUUUAGAGGUGGGGACUAAAUUCCCAGUUUUUGGAACUGAGUAGGGGAACCAUGUAGGGGAAGGGGGUUAAUGUAUUCAAGUAAAUCGAGAGAAUAUUGGAAUUAGUUAAUGGUGUACAAAAGACAAAAUUAAAGGAUUUUGGUGAAUUUUUUUAAUGGAAUUGCAUGUUGAUUCAUCCCAAUGCUGGGUUUGAUUCACACUAGGACACUCUGGGGCACAUUUACCUAGUUCGAGUGAAGGAAUAGAAUAAAAAAAAGUUUGAAUUUUGAAUGA